AUGCCUUUGUUGACAGUAUGUACUUGUGCUGAUUGGUUGGUGAAGCUGUUUCUAUCUGAGGAUUGCCCUUCAAAAGUUGGUGGAUAUGUCCAAGAUCAUCUUCAGAAAAAGGCAUCAUGGCUUUUGCCGCAGUCAAGCAGUAAGGAAUCAUGUGAUCUCCCCCUGGAUUUGAAGGCAUUUAUUGUGAGUUACAACUGGCGUGUCUCAGCUGGAGAAGAAAGCCAGGAAUCAGAGGCUCAAAAGCUGAGGGAAAUGAGAGUUCUUGAAGCAGUUUAUCCACGCCUUUCUUCUGUUCCUCCCAGCCCUGCUGUUUCUUUGGAAGUAGAAGGUGAAAAUUAUGCUGAUAGCCUCACUCCAAUCAUCCCUAUCAUUCCUGUUGAAGAAGAGGAAGCUACAGAAAUGCCAUCUGCUUUGACAGAACCAUUGAAAACUACCACAACUUCCCAGUCACCAGCAUUACCUCCACCUUCAUUGUCAUCUGGUACCCUAAACUCUUCAAAACACAACACCGCUGCUCUAAAUCCACCUGCAAGUCAAAAACUAGAAUGUGGAAGAUUACCAAAUCCAGUUACUCAUCUAAUCACAGCAGCAGAAACUGCUGUUACUGCUAUCAUGAAAAGCAAGGAGCAAGGAAGCUUGAUUGACACUGACUUACUUGUUAAAAUCUUAAGCGACCCAAAAAUGAUUGAAAAACUAACCAAUGGCAAUCAAGCACCACCUGUUACAUCUAGGCCAGCUACUAGCUCCAUUUCCCCAUCAUGUGCAAAAUCUGCUAUCGUAUCAGGACCAUCUCUUGCUAAUGGAGAACUGCUUUACCUAUCUAGUGAGGAGCUGACUAGGUCAAAGCUAAUGAGUCAGAUUGCCUCAUCCUGUCCGAAACCUGCCGUACAUAUGCCGCUGAUGCCUUCUAAUGGAAGCUUGCAUCAGCGACGUAGUGAGGUACAAUCAAAGGUAACUAGAACUUCAGUGCAUCAGGAUUCAACUGUUCCAGCAAUUGGAUCAGAGGUAGCUUCAUCUAUUUCUAUGGCCAUUCCAGAAUCUGGCAAGGUCUCAGCACCUAGGCCACCAGUUGGAAACUUGUUUUCCACCUUGAAUUCAGUGCAAACUACACCAAGGACUGUGCCUACAGAAUCAAAUACACCCAAAAUAUCUUAUUUCAAGGGCAUGAAUUUUGAUUUGGCGAAAUCCACUCUGGUUAAGACGCCAAUCCAACCAUUCAGCGUUCCUCAAGCAGGUAUGAAAACUAACUCUGUGAAGGAUGUGAGCUACAUUAAGAACCUCAUAAAGGAACAUGGAACAGUAAAGACAGAAAUGAAGGAUCGGAGUCCGUUCUAUAAUGGAAGUCAUUAUUAUAAUCAUACUCAAAACCCAGAAUCGACACAAAACUUGAAAAAGAGAGAAUUGAAACCCAAGUUUCAGAAGCCUUGUUUGUAUUUUAAAACUCCAAAGGGAUGCCGAAAUGGCUCUGAUUGCCCCUUCCAGCAUGAUUUACCAUUCCAGUUUCAAACUGGUAGUGCUAUGGAGCCCCCGGUUGCAAAGAGAAUGAAAUUUAGUGGGGAAAUCACCGGGAGGACGUGA